GGAGGGGCCCACGAUACAUGAUUUUGAUUUCUUUCUUUGUUUCAUGACCAGAAAACAACAAUGGUGUAUAUUUGUAGAAAUGUCCAUAUCUGAUCGUUCGCCUGACAUUUUCGUUAUAAUUACCGGACUCGUAUCAGAACCGAAUCCACAGGAGGUAGGAUGAAGCGGCGCAAUGCGGACUGCAGCAAGCUCCGACGGCCGUUAAAACGGAACCGAAUCACCGAGGGUAUAUAUAGCAGUACGUUCCUGUAUCUGAAGUUUCUGGUGGUGUGGGUGCUGGUGCUGCUGGCAGACUUUGUGUUGGAGUUCAGGUUUGAGUACCUGUGGCCCUUCUGGCUCUUCAUACGCAGUGUCUAUGACUCGUUCAGAUACCAGGGGCUGGCUUUCUCUGUGUUCUUUGUGUGUGUGGCGUUUACGUCUGACAUCAUCUGCCUCCUCUUUAUCCCUGUCCAAUGGCUGUUUUUCGCUGCCAGCACCUACGUCUGGGUCCAGUACGUCUGGCACACAGAGAGAGGAGUGUGUCUACCCACCGUGUCGCUAUGGAUACUGUUUGUGUACAUGGAAGCUGCCAUCCGCUUCAAGGAUCUGAAGAACUUCCAUGUGGACCUGUGUCGGCCCUUCGCUGCUCACUGUAUUGGCUACCCCGUGGUGACUCUGGGCUUUGGCUUUAAGAGCUACGUCAGCUACAGGAUGAGACUGAGGAAACAGAAAGAGGUGCAGAAGGAGAAUGAGUUCUACAUGCAGCUUCUACAACAGGCUCUGCCCCCUGAGCAACAGAUGCUACAGAGACAGGAGAGAGAGGCAGAGGAGGCGGCCAUGGCUAAAGGUGUGUCAUCAGAGGUGGACCUAGCCCCUCCGGUCUCCCAAAACGGGGCUACUCCCGGCAAGAAGACCUCCGUUAACUCUUCUGUCCCCUUACCGGAACUGGAGUACCGGGAGAAAGGGAGAGACGGCAACAGCAAGGAGCGGGAGGGCAAACAACAACAACACACAAUAGGAAUCAACAACAACAGUAUCCUCCACACACUGGACUCCACAUUACAGGAGACAGAGUAUAUGGAGAACACGGGGGGGAAGAGACUGAACAACGACCUCGGAGGAGGAGAGAGCACGGGCAACACACACACUCCUAAAGAGGAGAUGGGGGGAACAGGGGGAGGAGGGGGAGGGGGGGGGAAGAACUACAAAAACGCCAGCGGAGGCGGUGGGGCCACCAACUCCUCGCCUCGGAAUCACAGCGCCACCAAUGGGAGCGUGCCGUCGUCUGGCUCGUCCAAUAAGAACGAGAAGAAGCAGAAGUCGGCGGGGAAAGGAGCAGCCAAGGAUCCCGUGGAGAACUGCAUUCCCAACAAUCAAUUGGGCAAGCCGGACGCCCUCGUGCGGUUGGAGCAGGAUGUGAAACGGCUGAAGGCAGACCUGCAGGCGAGCCGUCAGUUGGAGUCAGAUUUACGUUCUCACCUCUCCUCGCUGACCAGCCAGGACAGGAGUCUGCGCUCAGAGCUGGGCCAGCUGCGCCAAGACAACGAGAUGCUGCAGAACAAGCUCUACAGUGCUGUCCAGGCCAAGCAGAAGGACAAGCAGACCAUCUCCCAGCUAGAGAAGAGGCUGAAGGCAGAGCAGGAGGCGCGGGCGCUGGCGGAGAAACAGCUGGCUGACGAGAGGAAGAGGAAGAAAGUGGAGGAAGCCACCGCAGCCCGGGCUGUAGCACUAGCCGCAGCCUCCAGGGGUGAGUGUACUGAGUCCCUGCGUGGUCGGAUCAGAGAGUUGGAGACGGAGUGUAAGAAACUCAGCAUUGACAUGAAACUCAAAGAAGAGCACAUUAGAGAGCUGGAGGGGAAAUGCCAGGAGCUGCGUAAGUACAAGGAGAAUGAGAAGGACAUGGAGGUGUUGAUGUCAGCUCUGUCGGCCAUGCAGGAUAAAACUCAGCACCUAGAGAACAGCCUGUCUGCUGAGACCAGGAUCAAACUAGACCUCUUCUCUGCCCUGGGGGACGCCAAGAGACAGCUGGAGAUCGCACAAGGUCAGAUCCACCAGAGAGACCAGGAGAUAGCAGAGUUGAAGCAGAAGAUAGCUGAAGUGAUGGCUGUGAUGCCCAGUAUCUCCUACAGCAACGACAGCAGUAGCGUCAGCCCUGUUACGCCACACUACUCCUCCAAGUUCAUGGACAAUAGUCCCUCUUCCCUGGAUCCCAACGCUUCUGUCUACCAGCCACUCAAAAAGUGACAAUAACACACACAUUAAUACACACUAACAC